AUGUGGUUCUAUUUGGUUUUCGCGCUACUUGGAGGCGUUCAAGCAGUUGAGCCCAUCAUUGCCUGUUACUAUAAUCUUAGUCCCCCGGCAAAUGAAGUCGAUCCAACUCUAUGCACCCAUUAUUUGCUUAUCAGCUAUACUACGAUUACCGGAAAUGGCAUGUUUGACCCGCCAAGUGUAGAAGAAGCCAGGAAUUUUUCCAUUAUCAAGGAACGAAACCCAAAGGCUAAACUGAUGCUAUGCGUGACUGCAUCAAAUCCACAUUGGUCGAUGAUGGUCUCCACUCCGCUGAAAAUGCAAAAUUUUGCUGAUGCCAGCGCGCAAUAUAUGAAACAACACGGGUUUGAUGGAAUUGAUCUCGAUUGGGAAUUCCCUACGUGGAGCUCGGAUGCUAAGAAAAGCGAUCGGAAUUUGUUAACAAUUUUGUUGAAGACUUUGCGGUUCACUUACGGGGAUAGGUUUUUAUUGACGAUGGCCACAUCAGGUCCGCCUACAAUCACACGAAAAGCUUAUGAUGUAUCGUCUUUCAAUAAAUACUGUGAUUUUAUCAACGUGAUGAACUAUGACUUUCAUGUAUUUUCGUGGACCAACCCGGUCGUUGGGUUCAAUGCUCCUUUAAAACCGAUGAGCCGGGAGUAUAGCAUUAUUGGAGAGAUGAAUUCGAUGUCUUCUCUAGCUUCAUAUUCGACGCUUGGACUUUGGAGCAAUAAGACUGUUUUUGGAAUUCCUGUCUAUAAUUUGGGUUUCCGAUUAGUAAAUUAUUACUGGAAUUGGCCGUACGCACCAGCUGAAGGAGAAGUCAACACAUUCACUUCAUAUCCAUCUACGUGUAACAUCACGAAAGAAACCCAUGCUAAUGGCAUUGUCUAUAGGGAAUAUUGGAAUAACGCGGCUGCAUCACCUUAUAUCGUUGGAAACGACAAAGUUUGGUUGACAACUGAAAAUCCAAGAAGUACAGCCGCGAAAGCCCAAUUUGCCAAAGAUUCAGAUUGCGCCGGCAUCAUGCUUUUCCAAAUAUCUACCGAUGACAAUCGAGGAAUAUGCGGCGAAGGGAAGAACCCACUAAUCAAGGCCGCCAAAAAGGCCUUCCUCGGAAAA